AUGAAGCUGGCUUCGUUCCUCGUGCACGGCCCCACACACGACGCCAAGGUGGAAGCUCGCGUCUUUGCUGGAGAGCCGUUCAACGACAAGGCGACGGCGUCUGCACCAGCACUCGACGGUGCUGUCAUGGCUGCGACCGACGAUUCGACCAAGAUGCCUGCGGCAGCGCCCAGCGACUCGACGAAGACUCCAGCGGCCGCUCUCACUGACAAGAUCAAGACGCCCAAGGCGACUUCGACAGUGUUGCGCUUAGACAUCGCUCGUCUGCGCCUCGAAGCGGACGACGAGCGCCACGCUCUGGAAGGAAUGACGUCCAUUUUCGACCUAACGGAGCGGUACGGCAACCUCCUCGAGCCCGUCAUGACGGACGCGGUGCUCUUCGACAGCCUCGUCUUUGCGUGCGGCGCGGUCCCGGCGAUCGCCCAUCGGUUCCCGUUGCUCUUUGACGCGACGGAGCAUCCAAGCGCCGAUGCUAAAAACAUCGACGGCGCCGUCCGCUUUGGCCAGUACGCCUACUACAUCGCCGACGUCCCGCCGUCGCUCAACUACGUCAACGUGCUGCUCUCGGACUCGAUCGCGGGGCUUGCGGCGCUUCGUCGGGCAACGUCGGCCCGCCGCCGUGUGUACGCCUCGGUCUCGCAAGUGGAAGUCCCGACGCCCGACAUCUCCAUCGUGGCCCUCGGCGCCGUCGAAUGGCAGGCCGUCUUCGAGUUCGUCGACGAGAAGGUGCUCGCCAAGGACCUCUUCGCGGCCAUGUUCCUGCGGCUGCGCGCGGUGCGCAUUGCGACGGCCUUCAAGCAGCCAUCGCGGCUCUCGGCCCUCCACGAAUGGAUCAUGGACGAGCACCGCGAGAAGCUUCGCAAGGCGCACGCGCGGCUCGCAGCCUUGCACGAGGAGAUUGCCGAGCUAACGGCCAAGCGCGAAGGCGCCGACAAGCUCUCUCCGGAAGAGCAGGCUGCGUAUGAUGCCCUCUUUCCGCAAGGGGCGUAG